UUUUACACUAUACAGUAAUACACCCCCUAGUUUAGCAACGCAGGCUGCUUCGGGAUCUUCCGCAUAGACACUCAUCCAGACGAGAGUCGAGAGUCGAGAGUCGAGAGCCGAGCAAACGAGCGGCCCGGCUGCGACCCACCCACCGGCAAUUGCUUCCGCCGACCACGCCCUGCCCGGAUGCCCCUGCGUCCGUCCGCCGCAGUGCUGCCGCACUACUCAGCCAGGUGCAUAUUAUGCUGCAUAGGGUUUGAGAAGAGAAUAUUAUCUUGCUGCUUUGAAAUAUCUGGGCAUCAGAAAACUGAUCAACUUUUCAGUAAGAUAGUGCUAAAUUGCUUAUCUGGAGCUAGGCUGCUGUCUGACACAACCACCAGUGCCCAGAGUUUCUAUCAUCCAAUGCUAAAUGUUUCCAAAUCUUCUUCUUCAGACAACCUCCAGAACUCUAUCUUGCCUUACCUUUUCGGGUUCUACCUUGGUCUCAAUCCCUUUUCCCCAAUUCAGAGUUCAAGAGGUUUUAGCAUCCAAACUUGCACCGGUCUUACUAGAUUGCACUUCUCUUGUGGACAGUUCCUCUCCUGUUCUUCAAAAAGGCCAUCAAAUUCACGCCCAAAUAAUUGUACAUGGAAUAAAAAACAUGGGUGUUUUAGGGUCCCGAAUUCUGGGGAUGUAUGUUCUUUGUAACAGAUUUCUCGAUGCCAAGACAUUGUUUUGGCAGCUCAAUCUAUGCUAUGCCUCUCCUUGGAAUUGGAUGAUCAGAGGGCUAACUGUACAGGGUCAUUUUUACUCCGCACUUAUGAUGUACUUCAAGAUGUUGGGUUUUGGUACCUGGCCUGAUAAGUACACUUUUCCUUAUGUGAUUAAGGCUUGUGCUGGUUUGCAUGCGGUCACGUUGGCAAAAUCAGUUCAUCGAUGGAUUUGUAGUUUAGGUUAUGAGUUAGAUAUUUAUGUUGGGAGUGCUUUGAUUAAGCUUUAUUCUGAAAAUCAUUGUGUGGGCGAUGCUCGAUGUUUGUUCAAUGAAAUGCAUUCUAGGGAUAGUGUUUUGUGGAAUGUGAUGCUCAAUGGGUAUGUGAGUUCUGAGGAAUCUCUGGAUAGUGUAGUUGGAUUGUUCAUGCAGAUGAGAAGGAGUGAUACUAAGCCUAAUUCUGUGACGUAUGCUUGUGUUCUUUCACUUUGUGCUUCUGAAGGAUUGGCUGAGUUUGGGACACAACUUCAUGAUCUUGUUGUGAAGUGUGGACUGGAAAUGGAUUCUUCUGUAGCCAACACAUUAAUAACGAUGUAUAUGAAAUGCUGUUGCUUGUUUGAUGCCAAGAAAUUGUUUGAUGUAGCAGAAAAAAGGGACUUGGUGACAUGGAAUAUAAUGAUCGGUGGAUAUGUCCUAAAUGAGGCUGUGGAUGAGGCUUGGAAUCUAUUUCAUGAAAUGAUAGCUAUUGAUGUUAAACCAGAUGGCGUCACCUUUGCAAGUUUUCUACCCUCAGUUGCUGAAUCUGAAGAUCUGUGUCUAGGAUAGCGUGCUGGUGGAUGUUGCAAUUUGUACAUCUAUGAUUUCAGGAUUUGCUGUUAAUAGGAUGAAUCUUGAAGCCCUAGAGGUGUUCAGAUGGAUGCUGUUUAAGCGAAUGAAGCCAAAUGCACUAACACUGGCAAGUUUGUUGCCUGCUUGCACUGAACUGGCUGCCAUUAAACUUGGCAAGGAGUUGCAUGGUACUGCCUUUAAACUUGGGUAUGAAGGUAAAUGCUUUGUGGGUAGUGCCUUGACAGACAUGUAUGCAAAAUGUGGAAGGUUAGACCUAGCUCAUCAAAUUUUCGCAUUGUUGUCGGAGAAAGACAUGGUUUGUUGGAAUUCAUUAAUAACUGGCUGUUGCAAGAAUGGAGAACCAGAACAAGCGAUUGGUCUUUUCCGCAAGAUGGGUGCAGAGGGAUGGAAAUAUGACUGUGUGAGCAUAUCAGGUGCUCUCUCUGCAUGUGCAAACAUACCGGCCCUCCACCAUGGAAAAGAGAUCCAUUCCUUCAUGAUCAAAGGUGCAUUUCACAAUGAUCUUUUUGCUGAAAGUGCAUUAAUAGACAUGUAUGCUAAAUGUGGGUACUUGCAGACAGCACGCAAUGUGUUUGAUUUGAUGAACAAGAGAAAUGAAGUCUCAUGGAAUAGUAUCAUAUCUGCCUAUGGAAACCAUGGUCUAUUAGAUGAAUCUCUAAACUUGUUUCGUGGGAUGGAAGAAGAUGGGUUCCGGCCUGACCAUGUCUCUUUCCUUGCUAUCUUAUCUGCUUGCGGUCAUGCUGGUCGAGUUGAACUAGGGAAGAGCUAUUUCAACUGCAUGAUUCAAGACUAUCACAUAAUACCCAGAAUGGAGCAUUAUGCAUGCAUGAUCGAUUUGCAUGGUAGGGCUGGUUGUUUAGAAGAAACAUUCAAAAUCAUCAAAAGCAUGCCAAUUGCCCCAGAUGCCGGCAUCUGGGGUGCAUUGCUUGGGGCCUGCCGAGUCUAUGGCCAUGUUGAGCUAGCAGAAAUGGCUUCAGAAUAUCUAUUCAACCUCGAUCCACAAAAUUCUGGCUACUACAUUUUACUGUCAAAUCUACAGGCUGACUCUGGAGAAUGGGAGAGAGCAUCAAAAACAAGAAAUUUGAUGAGGGAAAGAGGAGUGCAAAAAGUACCAGGUUAUAGCUGGAUUGAAGUUAACAACACUACUCACAUAUUUGUUGCUGCAGAUAAAUCUCACCAACAAUCUGCUCAGAUAUAUUUUCUUUUAGAUAAUCUUUAUAGGGAGGUGGAGAUGGAUGGAAAUUUUUCUCAACAACAUCUCGGACACUCUGUUGAUAAAUCUCUUAUCAAUAGCUCCCAACUGUAAGGAAGACUUAGCGAUGAAGGUUGAGUUGAACAGAUCAAUCGAAGAGGCAGCGGUGCUGAGGUAAUUGAAAUUGUGUGUAAUUGUUCUCUCUUGAAAGGAAGUAGUAGAAAUGUCUGGAUCUUCUACAUCUACCGGCAGAAAAAUUCCGAAUUUUACAUUCGAUUAUGAGCCGAUCAUGUAUUGUCAUUGUGGGAAGAAAGCACCGUUGUGUACUAGAAGAGAGAGUGGGAAAAUGUUUUAUGGGUGUCCAAAUUGAAAGGUAAAUGUUGUAUUUUGUUUAAUUAUUUUGUCAUAAAUUAAUUUAGUUAAUUUAGUUUGCUUUAACGUACUCCCUUCAGUUUUAUUUAAUCUUCACACUUUGACUUCACACAAAAUAAGGAAAGAAAUUUGACUUUACUGUAGAGUACACUGUUGAGGCACUGUUUGACACUGUUUGGCACUGUUUGGCACUGUUGAGACACUGUUUGGCACUGUUUGGCUCUGUUUUGAUUAGAUUUCUUUGCCAAAAAAGGAAAUAAAGAAGUGUGUAGUUUAUUUUAGACCGUCCCAAAAAGGAAAGUGUGAAGUUUAUUAAAAACCGGAGGGAGUAAUUAUUAAGUGUAUAAAGUGUAAUAACGCAAUAAGAAUUUGGUGUGUUUUAAAGUGUAAUGUACAACCAACUACAAUUUACAUAUUCUGCCAGAAUAUGCUACUUAGGUUAGUGACAACUAACUGGAAUUAACAUCAGGAAAACAAUUUGCCAAAUGUGAGUAUGGCCAACAAGAGCCAAUUCUAGAGAAAUUUCUGGAAAAAUGCAUCUAUUAUGUGUAGGACUCAUUAUACAGGUGGAAGAUUAAAGAUUGAUAUUAGAUUCUCUUUCUGAUCAAAAUGUUAAGCCACCCAUAAAACAAAUUGAAUUACAAGUGCAGAUGAAACUAAAUGAUGGGUGGCGGAUUAAUAGAAGAAAUCAUAGACACAAAAUUGUUUAAAUGGUAUAUUAGUUUCUGUUGUAUUAUGGAAUGACUAUUGGGCACUGAUUUUUUAUGAUAGGUGGAAGGAUGUGGUUAUUUUGUGUGGAAGGAUGUUGAUAUUAGUUUGUUGGUCACUAAUGUUGAUUCAUCAUUGAAGAGCUCACGUAAAUUGUCCAUAGGUUCACUUGGUUUUUUAAAAUACAGCCCUUUAAUGUUGCCAUAACUUCCAGAUUUUAGAAACUUCAUCAAAUGUGGAUAACAUAUGUAAUCUGGAUCGAUUUCCACACUCUCGGUUUGACCACCCACAUGUAUAUUCUUAGGAGUACAAGCAAAAUCCCCCCCCCCCCUCCCCAUGAUGAAUAAUUAGUUGUACAGACUCAACCGUGUUAAUUGUUUUUUCAGAUGUGUUAACUAGCGACACAUUUUGAAAGUAAACAAUUUUAGGGUUAACUAGACACAACAAAAACCCCACAAUUUUUGAGAAAUUACCUGGUCCACGAGUGUUGGGCAGUUUCUCGUCUUCCUCCUUCCUAGACUAUGUGCGACUCUCUUUCACUGGCGGUGGUAGUUCGCGUUUGCAGGUUCAACAUCUUCUCCAUUGUCGUUCGCAGGUUCUCAGGUUCGCAGGUAGGGGGAAUAGAAGAAAGCCCGACUUUUAAAAUGUGGUCUGUGACAUGUCAUUAAACAUCUCUCAAAUAGGUAAUUAAUUAAAUCCAAGUAAGCAGCCACAUCAGCGGUCAGCCCCAAACAGAAGAACUGGUUAGCCACCGGCUAAAAAGGAAUAUUGACUCAUUUUUAAAAGUACGGAGAUAUGAUUGGUUAAAUUAAUAUUGCAAGGACUCAAUUGACGUUUUCAUUAUAGUACGGAGACUUAUUUGACAGUUUUCCCUUUUUUUUGUCAUUCAAUUUAAAACCUACAAAAUAUGCUCACUUUUUUUGUUGUUGAAAAUUUGUUAUUUUAGUCCUCGGAAUAUCAAACAUAGUACCAAAUGUGAUCCCUUCCUCUGGACUCAAGUGGCAUAUUUUCAAAGUUAGGUGUCGAAUCUCGUCGAUUUUGAAAUUUACGACUAGAGUGAAGUAAAUAUUUGGAACUAGAGGGGUUUGAAUGAACUCCUUUUUAACCGAGUGUCAUUUAUCUUGUAUGUCCCAGACAUACUGCAUUACUGCUGGCAGCAAUGACAUUACUGUAUCAUUGUAUCAUACAAAGCAAAAAAAUGAAGCUGCUGAGACACUUAUAUGGCUCCGGCUCACCCUAAAUUUGAAAAAUGCUUGUAUUUUAUGUGUAAAAAUUUAUCUGAAAAAUGAGGCUAUGCCUCAUUUGGCUGACGCAGAUUUGAUUUCCAUCAAUGGGGAAGCCACUGUAAUGGGCUGGGGUAAUUCCAUUGUAAAGAGGAUAGAAAAAGACAAGCAGGGCAAUUUGAUAAGUUUGACGGGUAAUUCAUCCUGAAGGCUCUCUGUCAAGACUACUUAAUUAAAGCUCACUUGGCUCUUUGGAUGAUUUUGAAUACAUACAACAAAGAAGGCUUCGUUUUUGCAUUUGUACUUGCUACAUCAUUAGUUCAUACUAAUUUGUGUUCAAAUGUUAUUUUAUUUUAUUUUUGGAUUGGAAGCAGAACAUAUGUAUAAUUGCCUUGGCAUAUGAUAUCUCUGACAGUUUAAGAUCACUUAGGGGCUGUUAUUUUAUUAAAACGUCUGUCUGGAUUAAGUAGUGUUUUAUUCAUGAGUUGUAAAUUUCAUUUAUUAACAUAAAUCUAUUUCAUGUUUGAUUUUAAAAAAUUAACAGAGAAGGCAUCUUAAUUG